AUGGAUAGAAGCUCAAUCCUACAUGCUACAAGCAGCACCACAAACAAUAAAAAUCAGAGCAAUAAUGGAAAUAAUAUGGUUUUAAGCAUCGAUAUCUCUAACAUUGACGUUAAUACAAAAGCAUAUAUAGAUACAGCCUGCCAAGCAUCGUCAAAUGCAAUUAUCUGCAUCAUCAAGUCAUACAUUGAUCAGAUGACUACAAUACAAAUGGACCUGAUUAGUAAGAUGAACAAACGAUUAGAUAUUUUUAUCACUCAACAGCAAAACCAGAACCCCCAACUCAAUAAAGAUAAAGAAAACCAGGACA